AAAAAACGAUCUCCUCCCAACACCUCUGUGAAGAAAAGCAAGAUUCACAAUACACAAGUGAAGGAUGGUGUUCGUUAGGCAAGAGAGGUAUAAGGGUAUGCCUCCUUCUUAAUACCCCAACGACAAGCCAUGGAAAUCUUAGCAUUCUCCAACAUCAUCCCCGCCACCGCACUUGCAUCCAUGCCAUGUGGUGGAGCCACCACUUUCCGGCGUCCAAAACCCAUCUCCGCCGCUGCUAAUGCUAAACAGCCACCAUCACGAUCGCGCCACCAAAAACUUACCCACCAAAUGCCACCAGAAAAAGUUGAAGUCUUCAAGUCACUUGAAUCAUGGGCCUCCAGAUUUGUAUUACCACUCGUCAAGCCGGUGGAUAAAUGCUGGCAGCCUAGCGAGUUUCUGCCGAACCCCGCCAAACCUGCCGACGACUUCAUGGACGAAGUUAAGGCCCUACGUGAUCGGACAAUCGGGCUCCCUGACGAGUAUUUUGUGGUAUUGGUGGGGGAUAUGAUCACCGAGGAAGCACUACCGACUUAUCAAUCUAUGAUAAAUACAUGUGAUGGGGUCCGGGAAGAGAGUGGGGCAAGUCCGUGCCAGUGGGCUGCUUGGGUUCGGUCUUGGGCUGCCGAGGAAAAUAGGCAUGGUGAUUUGCUUAGAACAUAUCUUUAUCUCUCUGGCCGGGUUGAUAUGUUGAUGGUUGAGAGGACAACACAACACCUAAUUAGAGCUGGAGCGGACAUUGGGUUGGACAACAAUCCUUACUUAACGUUCGUGUAUACAUCAUUCCAAGAGCGAGCUACAUUUGUGUCUCAUGGUAACACAGCUCGACUAGCAAAGAAGGCUGGGGAUCCAAUUCUUGCAAGCAUAUGUGGGACCAUUGCGACUGACGAGAAGCGCCACGAGAAUGCAUACGUAAGAAUUGUUGAAAAGCUACUCGAGGUUGACCCAAAUGAUACCAUGUUAGCCAUAGGUAACAUGAUGAGGAAGAGAAUCACAAUGCCAGGUCACCUAAUGUGCGAUGGUCAGGACCCUAUCCUUUUCCAGCAUUUCUCAGUCGUGGCUGAACAGAUUGGGGUUUACACGAUUGACGAUUACAUGGAAAUCCUGGAGUUCUUAAUCGGACGAUGGAGGCUAGAGAAACUCGAUGGGCUAAAAGGGGAUGGGAGGCGCGAACAAGAAUACGUGUGCAGUCUACCAACUAGGAUGAGGAAACUGCAAGAGCAAGCAGUUGAACGAGGUAGGAAAAUGGAGCCACAUGAGCAAAAAUUUAGUUGGAUCUUUAACAGAGAAGUUACUAUUCAGGUUUAAAUGCAACAGGCUCAUUGUGAAUGUAUAAAUAGGUAAAACUUGAAAUUCUAACCCGAACCAAGUUUGGCCGAACUAAAUUAAUCAUAGAGCAAGUUGAGUAAACCACUCCCCUAAACAAAAGAGAAAGGCAGUUGAGUAACUCUCUGACGCAAGGGACAGAACUGUAUAUCAAGAAAUUAAAGGAUGCUAUAUAACAUUAAGUACAUUGGUAUAUAUAUAUAAUGGAUGGGGUUAGUUUGUUU